AUGGAGGGGGAUGGUAGUAUAGCGCGGUAUCAUAGAGGUUUCGCCAGCUUGUUGGCUCCGCGGUCUGACCAGUAUUGGGAUCCGCCAGAGCAGGUCCGGGCGGUAGAUGAUGAGGACGGUGUAGAGGGCGCCACCUGCCGGGUGUUACUGGACAUGAGCGAUGAACUCCUGCUGAUGAUUCUGAAUCUCCUUGACCCCUUUUCAUUGCUGUGUGCUGGUGGAGUGUGCACCGCUCUGUACAGGGUCAGCAGUACCGACAGUCUGUGGGCAAAACACUGCCAGGUCGCCUUUGGCUCUGGUUUUAGGACAGGCUGUGGUGACUGCGCCCCCAAAGAAUCCUUUAAACUUCUUUACAUUUGGAGGAAGUUGUACAGAACAUUACCAUACAACAGGCAAUUGCAGGACCUAUUUUUUUCAGGGGUUCCUCUUAAAAGGUAUUGGGUACAGUUGCUAACACUAGAAGAAAUGGUUCCACUCCCCCCUAUCGAGCUUCCCGAUCAUGACAUUGUAGACAUUUGGGGUAUAAAGAAAGAUCUCCUUGAUGAAAAACAUAAAGUUACAGACGAGUAUUUUGAGGAUGCACAAGUGUCCAUCUUCAAAUACGAGUGGAAAGAACUGAAUAACCUGGCUCUCUCGUACCAUGGUGACUACUCCAAAAUUCAGUCGCAUGUUCUUUGGAAGAUAAAUGCUGAAUGUCAUGAUGAUCUGGAGUGGCUAUAUUGCCAGUACAGCAGAAAGAGAUACCAGUGGCUGUUCUCCUAUUGGCUGUUUGGCCUUUCCAAGUCAUGUGCUAGGCAGCUGCGAAGAAUUUACCUGUGGUGGCAAAGGUUUGAUAAAAAGAAAGUGUCGCAGUGGGGUUCCAUGGACUGUGAUGUCCAGUAUCUUGCAUCUCUUCAUAAUGUCACAAAUGACUUCUGGAAUGGGAAGCUGGCCGAUCGUGAUGAGAAUAUAGGUAUUCAGACUGUGGAGAACUACUUUUCCAUGUGCAGGUCCCUCUUGGCGUGGAUUCUGGGUCGUAAAUGGGGAAGAUUUAAACAAAAGAAGAUGUUCAAGGACACAUUGGAAGGUGUUUACCGUUCUCUGAAAUCGGAGAUGAAGGUUUCAUUAAUAAGCCAUGAACAUUUUUGGACUACAGCUAAAGUUCAGAUGUACAGGAUCUGCAGUCUUGAAGAAAUUGCCGGCAACUAUGUAAACUGGAAGCUUAUAGAUGCACUACCAUGCUACAGGUUGUUCAUGGCUACUGGAGAGCCUUUGUAUUUGGAACAAAUUAAGGGUUUCCUGUUUCGGAAGCAACUGGUAAACAACUGGAUCCUUCACAAAGAGAAUUUGUGGGUGAGCAGCCUUUUACCUGAGAGUCUCUUCCAGCUACUGGAGUAUGACACAAAGAUUUAUGAAGAGAGACUCCAUGGAGAUACCUUGGGUGCCCACUUAAGCAGAUUAGUCUGGCUCUAUCUGCAUUCCGGCCAGCAGAUCUACAUGGAUGCCAUGAAGGGUUUUGUUUAUGAAUGUGCUUAUGCGAGUUAUACAUACCAGAUCUACGAAAAUGCCAGUAUACCCUACGUGGGGUUUUAA